AUGCCACGACAGCUGUCUUUGUCCUUCCCCUCUUCUUGCUUUUGCUCUACCGGCUCUUUUCUCUCCAGCAUGACUGUUCAAGCCUCCAAGUUCACCCCCGAGGUGCUCAUCGCGGCUCCGCGCCGCUCUGCUGGUGUGCCCAAUGCUAGAGGAGAUCUAAUUCUUUACACGGUGUCGACUUACUCCUUCGAGACUCACUCCAAGUCUGCCCAGAUUCGCACCCUCAGCGUCAAGGAUGGAUCUUCACACCUCGUUUCCGAGGACACGGGCGCCAGCGAUCCCGUAUGGAUCAGCAACACCGAAGUCGGCUUCUUCAAGGGCGGCGAGAACGGAACCAAGCUCUUUUACCAGGAUGUCGAAGCGCCAACAUCCGAACCCAAUUUGAUUCACCGCUUCCGGGGUGCCCUAUCCAGCGCCAAAACCAAGACUCUGUCGAGCGGCAAAGUUGCGCUCGUCACUGCAGCCCUCACCGCGCCCAGCGGCAACUUGUUCCUCGCCGCCGACGAAAAGAAGCCGCUGUCCAGCGGCAAGAUUUACGACGAGCUUUUUGUCCGCCACUGGGACACCUGGAAGACCAAGAACGAAAACGCGCUCUGGUACGGCCAGCUGGAGAAGAAGGAUGGCAAGUGGACGCUCGAGAACAAUAGCUUCAGCCUGCUCGCCGGAAUCGAGCUGUCCUCGCCCGUUGGACCAUUUGGGGGCGCCUCCGACUUUGACAUUCACGAGAAAGGCAUCGCCUUUGUCGCCAAGGACCCCACGCUCAACCUGGCCCGCUACACCAAGACGGACCUGUACUUGGUGCCGCUCAAGUCCUUUACCGAGGAGCCCGGCGCGCCGCAGAUUGUAAAGACGGGUAACCUCGUCGGCUACAGCCACUGCCCUACGUUUUCUCGCGACGGCAAGUCGAUUGCAUUCUUGCGCAUGAAGGACAAGCAGAACGAGGCCGACAAGCACCAGCUGCUCGUGAUUCCGGACAUUAAGAAUCUUGAAAACGUUCAGACUUUCUACUCAGCCAGCGACGACAGAGGCAGCUGGGACCGCAGCCCCUCCUCCAUUCUUUGGACCGCCGACAAUAAACACCUGAUUCUCACUGCAGAGCAGCACGGCAAAGUCCUCCUGUGGAAGGUACCCUCGUCUCCUUCCGAGGCUAAAGAUCUGCCUGUCCCCAUUUUCGAGGACGGCGCUGUUUCUGACGCUCACCUCCUGGCCAACAGCACGACCCUCUUCGUCACAUCACGAUCCCGCAUUGAGAGCUCCAGAUACUUCACCCUGGAUCACGAGAGCAAGAAAGUCACAGAGGUCUCCUCGAGCGCCAAGAAUGGCAAGGCCUUUGGCCUGACCAAGGAGCAGUGCUUUGACAUCUGGUAUCCUGGCUCGGCCGGCUACGACAACCACGCUCUAUGCAUGGCCCCCUCCAACUUUGACAAGAGCAAAAAGUACCCGCUCGCCUUUGUUGUCCACGGCGGCCCGCAAAGCGCCUGGGUGGACGACUGGAGCACCCGCUGGAACCCGGCCAUCUUUGCCGAGCAGGGCUACAUAGUCGUCUGCCCCAACCCUACCGGUAGCACUGGCUACGGACAGGCUCACACCGAUGCCAUUGCCUCGAACUGGGGUGGUGCGCCGUAUGAGGACCUCGUCAAGGCUUUCGAGUACAUUGAGAAGGAGAUGCCCUAUGUAGACAUUGAGCGUUCCGUUGCCCUCGGCGCGUCCUACGGCGGCUACAUGAUGAACUGGAUCCAGGGCCACCCUCUUGGCCGAAAGUUCAAGGCCAUUGUCUGCCACGACGGCGUCUUUUCGACCCUGAGCCAGUGGUCCACCGAGGAGCUCUUCUUCCCGGAGCACGACUUUGGCGGCACGCUCUGGGAGAAGCGCGAGACUUACGAGAAGUGGGAUCCCGCUCGGUACACUGGCAACUGGGAGACGCCCAUGCUGGUCAUCCACAACGAGUUGGACUACCGUCUCAGUGUCGCUGAGGGCCUGGCCAUGUUCAACGUGCUGCAGGCGCGCAACAUCCCUAGCAGGCUCCUCAUGUUCCCAGACGAGAACCACUGGGUUUUAAAGCCGGAGAACUCUCUGGUCUGGCACAGAGAGGUGCUGAACUGGAUCAACAAAUUCAGCGGUGUAUCAUCGUAA